AUGCCGCCAUCCUCCCUCGAACACGACUUCGACUCUCCUCGACAUCCAUUCCUUUCGCGCCGCGCUCAUCAAUCUGCGCUUCUCGUCAAGCUCAUGGUGGGAGUGGGUAAGGCCGGCCGUCACGAUGCUCACGCCUUGGUUAAGCAGCUUGUGGGCGUCACGCCCGUCAUCCGCCGGGUUGCGAAGAGUCGGAUCAACCCUCGCAUUCCCAUGCCCCGUGUAGAUGUCGUGAGCGAGAGUCUUUGUGACGAUGUAAUCAGCUAUCUGGCGCCUACGCUUGAAAAGCACAAGGGCUGCACUCUGGUGGACCUGCAGCCUGGCGCAUGUCUCUUCUCCUCCAAACUGCACGAUUUCCUGCAACCAAAAUGGCAUCUCCUGAUCGAACCAGACGACCACUAUUACCGGCCAUUUAUCAAACCGCUGUUGGACCGCCCUGGCUCCACCUACCGCUACACUCAACUCAACAUCCACCACCAAUCCUCAUACUGGCACGAGUUUAGUCGGAUACUACGAGACCCAAAACUUCUUCCACCUCGGACGCCACUUCCUCAAGGAGAUCCCAACCGACGACUUCUGGACCCGAACGUGCUCAUAAUUGGCAACCUCGCGAGAGAAACGCGAGCAAAAACCGGGACUCACUCUGUCCAGCAAGCGCCCAUGCUACUGCGCGAAUUCAGUCUGCACGCACUCGCGAAUCAGUUCUUCCACGAGGCCGGUCUGGUCCGUAUGCUCUUCUGGCUACCUGAGAAGUUCAAGCCCGACAUCUUCUCGCUCGUUCCAUGGACGCGCAACGGAUUCAACGUGGCUUUGGACAUGGGCUUGCACAUGUCGGAGGUGGCCUCGGUGCAGUCGACUGAAGCGGUCUAUCAGUCUCGCAGUAAAGUGUACGCGCGUCGGACUCGUUCGAAAGAACUGGUGGCUUCCAAUGCACGGCACGUUGCUGAAAAGAUGCGAGAGGCUGGCAUGGUGGUCCCCGCGGGACGAGACGCUCAGGUUAUAGAUCAAGCUGGUUCGGCGCCAUCAAAGCGCGCAAAUCUGCUGUCAUCCCUUCAAAAGAUCGCAGCCACGCCGACUGAGCUGCGGAAGACGAUCGACCAAACACGCACUCGCUUGCGCGAGCUAUGGCCGGCAGCUCGGGCAAAACACCAAACCAAGGCGGUGACGCUGACCUACCCUCAAGUCCAGCCUGCCGUAGACGACUACGGCAAGGGUCUGCCGGGGAACAAGCUGAACUGGUGGCGCAGUAAAAUCCUCAUCGACAUUGGUCUGAGCAUGAUCAACAUCGAGGCCGGCUUCAAAGCCAUCGAAGAAAGUGUAAAGUCAAGCCCAGAGCUCUAUGAUCUGCGCAGCGAAAUCUUCGCGCUGGAUUCAGAGUUCGUCGAUAUCUGCGGCAAAGUGGCCGUUCGCACUCGCUCGUGCGUAAGCGAUCUCCUCGAAGACCAGAUUGCUUUCUUUCAGCAUCCACCCCUUCUCAACGUCGACCAACGCGCCUACGAACCGCUGCAAGCCCAACCCUCCGACUUCUGGCCGUCGCAAAACAACCUCGCCUUGUUCGACUUUGUUCCCAAGGGUAGAGAUCUGUCCGUCCCCGAUCUAGCCAGCACAGACGAAGUCGUGCGCUUUUGUGCAGACUUUGUGCAGGAAAUCAUGUCGCAUAAGACGCGCUCGUUGCCGCGCGCCCUCGACGUCGUGGGCGUGAAUGCGGCCAAGGAUCUCAUCCCCAUGGUUCCGGCUAUCACUGAUCCGCGCAAAGGAGGCCGGUUGAACCCGCAUAGUCUGCGAGCGCGGAUGGUGACGGCGGAGAUGCUUGAGGGGCUGGUCAAGGCGUAUUUCGAGUGGCCUUUUCGGCCGGUGUCGUGGGAGUUGGCCCUUGCGGAGAGUGCAGGCGGGCAUGCUGAGGCGGAGGCAGAAGGGGAUGACGCGGAAGUGGACGAAAAGCCGGAAUCGUCGUGA